AUGGAUUCACUUUCUACGGGAUCUUUAAGUGGCGCACAGAAGGAGGAAUUAAUUGACCAAGUGAAGCAACAAAUUGCAAUCGCUAAUGCACAAGAACUUUUAGCUAAAAUGUCUGAGAAAUGUUUUAAAAAGUGUAUCAACAAGCCUGGAACAGCGUUAGAUAAUUCCGAACAGAAAUGUAUAGCGAUGUGUAUGGACAGGUACAUGGACGCCUGGAACCUCGUCUCCCGAACUUACAGAAGUCGCAUCCAAAGAGAGAGAAACAUGUGA